AUGCCUCCCUCCGCUGCUCCCAUGGGUAUAAACGCCGUCUCCCACUCCAAACCCCCCCAUCCAACCCAAACCCUUCACCACCCUUCCACCCUCGCCAUCCACGCCGACGAUCAACUCAAUCGCUCCACCGACGUAUCCCCCGCCCUGCACGUCUCCACAACAUUCCGCUACGCCUCCAACCCCGACGACUUGGUCCCCGCGAAAAACCUCAAGGGGCCGCAACCGCUCGACGCGCACGUCUACUCCCGGCUCACCGCGCCCACGAGCACCCGGCUCGAAGCGCUCCUCGCGCCCCUCCUCCGCGCCCCGUGUCUGACCUACUCGUCCGGCCUGGCGGCCCUGCACGCCCUGUACGUCUUCCUGCACCCCGGGCGCGUCAGCAUCGGGGGCGGGUACCACGGCUCGCACGGCGUGCUCGGGUUGCAGCGGAAGAUGACCGGGUGUAAGGUCCUGCCGUUGGAUUGCGCGGCGGAGGAGUUGGGCCCGGGGGACGUCGUGCAUCUGGAGACGCCGGUGAAUCCGACGGGGGAGGCGUUCCGGAUCGAGGAGUAUGCGCGGAAGGCCCACGCGAGAGGUGCGUACCUCCUCGUCGACGCGACGUUUGGGCCCCCGGGGUUACAGGAUCCGUUCGUGUGGGGCGCGGACGUCGUGAUGCACGCCGGGACCAAGUAUCUAGGCGGGCAUAGCGACAUGUUGUGCGGCGUUCUGGCGAGCAAGAAGGAAGGGUGGGUGGAGGAGCUGAGGGAGGAGCGGACGUAUCUGGGGAGCGUGAUGGGGAGCCUGGAGGGUUGGCUUGGAGUGCGGAGUUUGCGGACGCUGGAGGUUAGGGUUCAGCGGCAGAGUGGUAACUGUCAGCACCUGGUAAGCUGGCUCCAUGGCAUGUUGGAGGGGGCGGAGGGAGGUGAGGCGGUUAGGGAAGCGGUGGAGAAGGUUCAGCAUGCAAGCUUACAGACCGAGGAUAUGGAGUGGUUGAGGGACCAGAUGCCGAACGGAUAUGGACCUGUAUUUGCAGUCACGAUGAAGAUUGAGAGUUUGGCGAGAAUCUUGCCGAGUAAGCUGGAGUUGUUCCAUCAUGCUACGUCUCUAGGCGGUGUGGAGAGCUUGAUUGAGUGGAGGGCUAUGAGUGACGAGAAAGUUGACACUAGGUUACUCAGGAUCAGUGUGGGGCUGGAGCAUUGGGAGGACUUGAGGGAUGAUUUGAUGAGAGGAUUUAAGGCUCUGAGAGACGAGGUGAAGAACGGGAUGGUCGCCUCCGACUCAACGGCUUGA